CACGGUCGGCGUCACUGCUUUGCUGCUACCCACCCCGAAUACGCCGAAUACCACGUAAUGCCCCUGGUUGUGGAUGAUGUCGUAGAGAAAAAAGCCCGCGGUGGAGAGCUGAGCUGCCUCUGGAAAUUGGGGUUGUGGCUUUGCUGAUCAUGUCUGCCGUCGGACGGAGUUGAUCUUUUCCAGUCUCUUUUGUUGUCGUCAUUGUUCCUGCGUUUUUUGUUGCAAACAUCACCUCUUCAGUCGAAAGCUCGCUGUAGUACCAAGUCCAAGUAGAGCACGAUUGUUCACCCAUUGAACUAAGAGACGAUUCCCAAAAAGCCACUUACACACAUCACGAUGCCUCCACCAGCUCUUUCCUCACUCGACUCCUCCACGACCGUCCUCCGCCUCCCCCAUCCCUACCACACGCCCUACGCCGUCACAAAAUCCAGCCGCACGCACGGCAGUGACGAGCUCCCUCUCUACCAGCUCGGCAUCACCAGCACCGCCCCGGCAGGCCUCGCCGCGGACCGGGCCAGCCAUGCGGUGCUCCACAGCGACGGCAUCUUCUUCACGGAGCCGACGGACCUCAAGUCGUCGGACCGCCCCCACGAGUCCAACAACACCCCCUGGGGCCGCGCGCGCCGCUCCCCGUCGGUGACGGCCCUCUGGGACGCCAAGAGGUCCGCGCUCCCCACGCCGGCCCAGCUCUGGCUGCUCGCCUACCUCGUCUUCACGGUCCGGCCGGCCGAGGAGGCCUUCCGCCUGACGCUGAACGACGGCACCAGCACGGCCGAGGGCCCCCGGGCUCUGGGCUCACGGCUCAAGGACCUGAUGCUGGCGGUCGACCACCCGGUGGACUCGACGGACGGCGCCGCGGCGCCCCCCUCGGAGCUGCUGGUGCUGCGCUCGACGUUUUGGCAGGGCGCCGGCUCGCCGUUUGGCCCGCGGCCCGUGUGGGCGCCCGACGAGGCCGGCACGUCGUCGUACCCGCUGGCGCCGCUGGACGGCACGCUGACGGCGAUCCCGGGCACGGCGCUGUGCUGGCACCCGCGCCGGCCCGCCAAGCCCCGGCCCGGAAGCGUCGUCUACAGCCGCUACGUGCCGCACCUGGCCGAGACCUUUAGCAUGGUGGCGCUGGACUGGACCGACGACGCGCACCUGGGCCUGUUCCACGCAUGGCAGAACGACCCCCGCGUCAGCCAGGGCUGGAACGAGACGGGCACCCUGGACCAGCACCGCGAGUACCUGCGCAGGCUGCACGAGGACCCGCAUCAGUUUGCGGUGCUGGCGGCGUUUGAGGGGGUGUUUUUUGCCUAUUUUGAGAUUUACUGGGCCAAGGAGGACCGCCUCGGAGCCUACUACCAAUCCGGCGACUUUGACCGCGGCCGACACUCCCUGGUGGGCGACGUGCGGUUCCGCGGCCCGCACCGCGUGUCGGCCUGGUGGUCCAGCCUGAUGCACUUUUUGUACCUCGACGAGCCGCGGACCACGGCCGUCGUGGGCGAGCCCAAGUCUGCCAACAGCACCGUGCUGUCCUACGACUUUAUCCACGGCUUCGGCGUCGAAAAGUUUGUCGACCUGCCGCACAAGCGGAGCGGGCUCAUGCACUGCUCGCGCGAGAGGUUCUUCCAGCUGUGUCCGCUGGCCGAGAACGACAAGGUCGUCGGCGGCACCGGUGUGGGAUUGGUGCCCAAGUUGUAAAAUGUGGACUUUUUGGGAUGGGAAUCAAAAAGUAGAAAUAGUCUAAAAAUGCAUGUGGUUUCUUUUUUUUUUAAAAAAAAAAAUAGCUCGUAAAGUUUCAUGUACAUAUCUUGCAUACGAACAAGUCGGUCAUCACGACUGGGAAUUGCCCUAGAACUAAAUCUUUUCCGUCUCCUUGUCUCCCCCAAGCCUCAG